AUGCGGCACCCCCACAGGCGUUGUGUGGCGUUUGGUGCCAUCAACAAACUUCAUCAGGGUACACUUGAUCCCAUCAUCCAGAUCCCUUAUGAAGCUAUUAAACAGCAUUGGGCCCAAUAUCGAUCCCUGGAGGACCCUGCUUGUGACAGGUUGUCGGCCCUUCUAGUAGAUGAGGGUGACAUUAGCCACCUUCCAUUCUUCUGGGACGUCCCACAGUCUCCACGACUUCUCAAAGAUUAUGGAGAGCGGCCUGGAAUUGUUUCAAUUAUGACUCUUACUGUUCUUGCCUACGAACGUUAUAUUCGAGUAGUCCAUGCAAAAGUGAUUAACUUCUCUUGGUCUUGGCGGGCUAUUGCAUACAUCUGGCUCUACUCACUAGCCUGGACUGGAGCACCUCUUUUGGGCUGGAACAGAUACACACUGGAAAUUCAUGGAUUGGGUUGCUCUGUGGACUGGAAGUCAAAAGACCCCAAUGAUAUCUCCUUUGUGCUCCUUUUUUUCCUUGGCUGUCUAGUAGCACCUGUUGGGAUCAUGGCCUAUUGCUAUGGCCAUAUUCUAUAUGCAGUAAGAAUGCUUCGCUGUGUGGAAGAUUUCCAGACUGUUCAAGUGAUCAAACUUCUAAAAUAUGAAAAGAAGGUGGCAAAAAUGUGCUUCUUAAUGAUCUCCACAUUCCUUAUUUGUUGGAUGCCCUAUGCAGUGGUCUCCCUCCUGGAAACGUAUGGCUAUAGCAACCUUGUAACUCCAACAGUAGCUAUCAUCCCAUCUUUCUUUGCCAAGUCAAGCACUGCUUAUAAUCCAGUCAUCUAUAUCUUCAUGAGUAGAAAGUUUCGUCAAUGCCUUUUGCAACUCCUGUGCUUUCGCCUGAUGAGAUUCCAGAGGAGCGUGAAGGAGACACCAGCAACAGGGAAUAACAAACCAAUACGACCAAUAGUUAUGUCUCAGAAAGCAAGGGACAGGCCAAAGAAGAAAGUGACUUUCAGCUCUUCCUCUAUCAUUUUUAUUAUCACCAGUGAUGACACUCAGCAAAUAGAUGACAACAGUAAACACAACGAGACAAAAGUAAAUGUCAUCCAAGUAAAGCCACUAUAG